AGCCCCAUCUCCACCACACCCUCCCCGCCCGCCCUCGACAAAGCAGCGGGGAGCGCAGCAGCGGCCAGGCCAGCGCUGACGCCUCACCGCUAGCUUCUCCGGUGAUCGCUCACGCGGCACCGCCUCCCCGCGCCCUCCCCGCACCCGGAUUUCCCCCGGCGCCGGCGCAUAGAGCGGCGGCGGUCUAGCGGGGGCCCGGAGCGGGGCACCACCCCCCGAUGGCCGACGCUCUCCUCCUCCCGCGCCGCUUCCUCACCCCGCCGUCCUCCGCCGCCCCCGCCUCCUCGUCGUCCGCCUCCUCGUCCGCGCCGUCUCGCUGGGCGCUCUCGUCGCCCGGCUCGCCGCGGCGGGCGCGCCUGGCGGCCGCUCACCCGCACCCGCGGCCCCGCCGGCUCGCUCGGCACAAGGUUUAUGCAGCAGACCCAGAGAGUGGCGCCGGUGAGCAACCACAAUGGUGGGAGAAAAAUGUUGGGCCAAACAUGAUUGACAUCCACUCCACAGUGGAGUUCUUAGAUGCACUGAGAGAUGCUGGAGACAGGCUUGUUAUUGUUGAGUUCUACGGAACCUGGUGUGGUUCAUGCCGGGCACUCUUUCCAAGGCUCUGCCGGUCAGCUUUGGAGAAUCCUGAUAUAUUGUUUCUAAAAGUAAAUUUUGAUGAAAACAAACCUAUGUGCAAACGACUGAAUGUCAAAGUCCUUCCUUUCUUCCAUUUUUACCGUGGAGCUGAUGGGCUACUGGAGGCUUUCUCCUGUUCCUUAGCUAAGUUUCAAAAGCUGAAGGAUGCCAUUGCAAUUCACAACACUGCUCGUUGCAGCAUUGGCCCACCCGUUGGCGUUGGGUAUGUUGAUUUGUUGGAUAGUGCGAGCCAACAGGAGAAACCUGCGGAAGCUAGCCCACGGUAGAUUCUACAACAUGGGUUCCCCACCAUCCAUCACUUCUAUAUCGUCCUGCUCAUUUACCCCCACUAUUGUUCUUACCCUAAUCAGCUCAGGAGAAUCUUUGGAUUCCCCGGUUCACGAAUCAGAUGUUGUAUGGAUUAUUGUUUCGCACUCUUGAAAGGGAAAAUGUGUAUUAUAGCAUGCGAAACUUUUCCCUUUCUUGGACAGAAGAACCAUAGAGUUGUACAUCAUUUUAGGGGAAGAUGCCACGAAGAAUUAAGCGCCAAUGCGGGCUGUUUUCUGUAGCCAAUUCAUUGCUUUUGGGCAUGUCUCCACCCUUAACAUAUUGUACUUUACUGUAUUCCUGAAUGUUCUUCUGGUUUGAGUGCUAUCAGUC